AUGAGCCAAUACGACAUUGAACCCCUUUUGUCCAAGGCCAGCAUCUUGGCCAAGUACUCUGACCUCCCUCAGGGCGACAAGAUCAUGGCCGAGUACGUCUGGAUUGACGGCCACAACCACCUUCGUUCCAAGACCAUGACUCUUGACAAGAAGCCUACUGAUAUCUCCGAGCUCCGUAUCUGGAACUUUGACGGUUCCUCCACCGGCCAGGCCCCCGGUGAGAACUCUGACACUCUUUUGAAGCCUGUCGCUAUGUACCGCGACCCCUUCCGCCGCGGCGACAACAUUAUUGUCCUUGCCGCUACCUACGCCGCUGACGGUUCCCCUAACGUUUUCAACUACCGUGAGUCUUGUGCCAAGCUCAUGGAGAAGUAUGCCGACGAGGAUGUCUGGUUUGGUAUUGAGCAGGAGUACACCAUGCUCGACUACUUUGAUCGUCCCUAUGGCUGGCCCAAGGGUGGUUUCCCCGGUCCUCAAGGCCCCUACUACUGUGCCUGUUUGUACGCUGGCAUUAAGAUCUCCGGUAUCAAUGCCGAGGUCAUGCCCUCCCAAUGGGAGUACCAAGUUGGUCCCUGCAACGGUAUUGAGAUGGGUGACCAAUUGUGGAUGUCUCGUUUCUUCCUUCACCGCAUUGCUGAGGACUUUGGUGUGAAGAUCAGCUUCCACCCCAAGCCUCUUCAGGGUGACUGGAACGGUGCUGGUUGCCACACUAACGUUUCUACCAAGGCUACUCGUGCCGACGGCGGUAUGGCUGUCAUCGAGUCUCUCAUGGAGAAGUUCGCCAAGCGUCACGCUGAGCACAUUGCCGUCUACGGUGAAGAGAACGAAAAGCGUUUGACUGGUCGCCACGAGACUGGUUCCAUUGACAAGUUCACUUGGGGUGUUGCCAACCGUGGUGCAUCUGUCCGUAUUCCCCGCUCUGUUGCCAUCAGUGGCAAGGGCUACUUCGAGGACCGUCGUCCUGCUUCCUCCAUCGAUCCCUACCAAGUUACCGGUGUCAUCAUGGAGACCAUGUAUGAGUGCUAA